CAUCUCUUGUACGUGCAAUUCUGUUACAGUCCCUCAAGACGCAAACAUUCCACUAAACUUUCUUCGAUUUUCAUCGCCAUCUUCUUCGUCUCCGUACGUUUUUCUUCCGGAAAUCAUCUGCGAUCAUGAGAAUGCUACUUUUUCGGCUCAGGAGUUCCAUCGGAAACGCGUCGGAAGUUAUCCGCCGGAACUCGAUGGUGAAUGCUUCGGAAGUUCUUCCCCUCCAUUAUCGGGCUCUGAUCGGAAACGUCUCACAAGUUUCCAGAGUUCACAGCUACUCUCGGGCUUUGAUUGGAAAAGUAUCACAAGUUUCCAGCGUCCAGAGCUAUUCUCGGAACUCUCAAAGCUCUCUUGUUCAAUAUCUUGACAAGCAAAUCAAGUUGGUUGAAAGCAGAUGUCUAACUGUUACCCCACACCCUGGAAGUACUCAUGCAAAGUUGAUUAAAGCUGGAGCUGAAAGCGACCAGAUCAUCUGCAAACAACUUAGGUUUUAUGCAUCUAGCGGCUACCCACAUGAAACUGUGAAGUUUUUCAAUGAGGCCUAUUUCUCCAACAAUGCAGGUUUGGGAGUAUGGAAUUGCUAUAUAAUAAGUUUAGCCCUUCACCCUGUAGAGCUCACUAUGGUUGAGAAGGUACCUAAAGCUCUUACUGUAUUUGAGGAUAUGCCUAUGGUGAAGACUCAUGCAACAUACUGGAACGCAAUGGUCGCGUGUUCCGAAGCGGGAGAGACUAAAUAUGCUCAGUAUCUUCUUGCUAAAGUCUUCAAGUCUCUAGCUGUUGAGCCAUCCAUUCAGAUCACAGGAUGUUAUAUUGAUGCAUUGGCAAAAAAUGGGCAGCUGGAAGAGGCUUUUACUGAGUUAAAACGUAUGGUCUACAAGCCCAAUCAAGAGAUCAUCGUCAGCAUCAUUUUCCGUUACCAAAUGCAUCCAAGACCUGCUAUGUUUGCAAAUGAGGUGUUGUCCUAUGUUGAGUCACAAGGGGUUAUAUUCUACAUUGACAAAAUUACAGUUAAGAAACUCACUGAAGAUGGUGUUACCUUAACUCCGAGUGUAAAGAUAAAGAAGGGAAGGAGUAAAGGGGGUUCAUUGAAGUCGUGGUCCUCGUGGAGAGAGUAA